AUGGCUGGAGUUUACAGAGAGUCGACCCGCGUGUACCGGGACCGAGCCGACUCCCUCUCGUCCGAUGAAGGCGGAUACAAGCCCCCUACCGUUCGCCGUUACAAAGUCGCGCCCAGCCGUGUCGUUGAGCGCGAGCGCGUCGAGGUAGAGGAGGAUGACCGUCGAUCACGAUACUCGGCCUAUCCGCUGCGUACCUCUGGAGAGUUUCCCUACGCAGAGCGCCCGCGCUCCGCUUUCGAUUCCCGGAGCCAGGUUUUGGAGACUCGAGUAGUUGAGCGCGAGCGCGAGCGAGAAUACGACCCGUACAGAAGCGAAACCCGCAGCGCAAUUUACGAAAAGGAUUAUGAACGAGGACCUGGCCGCUUCGACGAAACCCGCAGCGUCAUCGAGGUCGAGCGGGACCGUGACUGGGAUCGCCGCUCGAGAGGUCCUUGGGACCACCACCACCACCAUCAUCAUCACGAUGACACCGAGGUCGUCGUGGACAAGCGCAUAGAGCGCCGUGAGGAUGGCGACGUCAAGGUCGAAAAGCGAGUUGAGGAAUAUCGAGACGACUGCGGAGAACAAGUCGAGAAGUACCGCAAGGAAACCGAGUAUUACUCACCCGUCAGCCCCCCGCCCAUCCCCCAACCCGUCGUCAUCCGGCAAAAGGCACCCGAACCCCAGCAAAUCAUUGUCCAGGAGGCCCCUCCGCCCGCUCCCAUUGUUCUCCCUCGUCAAGAGCCCAACAUCGUCGUCCUCAGAGAGCGGGAGCAACCCCGCGAGAUGGUUCGCCGAGAGCCUCGGGAGGAUGAGUACUAUUAUCGCCGUGAGACUAAAGCUGUCGGCCGCCACCGGGACGAGCGUGAGUACUACUACGACCGCCACGGACGUGGCCGCGACUACGCCAGUGACGACGAGGACUAUCACUACAAGAGGACCAUCAUCCGACGUGAGAGAAGCAACAGUUCUGAUCACCACCACAAGCGCCAUCUCGCCGAGGGUGCUCUUGCAGGAGCAGGAAUUGCUGCUCUUGCUGCCAGCCGGAGAGACAGAGACGGUGAGCUCCCCGCCAACCGCGGAAGUAAGGUGCUGGCCGGCGCCGCGCUCGGAGGUCUAGGUACCGAGAUCAUCCGGCGUGCCCGCAGUGCAUAUGAAGAGAACUACGGGGAUGACUACUAUGACCGUCGCCACGGAUCUCGCUCGAGAUCUCGCAGCCGCAGCAACCGGAUCAAAACUGGCCUUGGCAUUGCCGCUGCCGCUCUUGCAGUAGCGGGGGCUGCCAAGUACAUGCAGAGCAAUAAGAUCGAGAAAGAAGAGAUGAACCGUGGACGAAGCAGAGGCAGAGGUCAUUCCGUCUCAAGCUAUUCCGUCUCCCGCUCUCGCAGCCGUAGCCGCAAGAGUCGCAGUCGAUCCGUAGCCAAGGCUGCCGCCGCCACCGCCGCCGCUGCUGGUUUGGUACAACACUUCCGUAACAAGUCCAAGUCCAAGUCCCGCAGCCGCUCCCGUUCCAAGUCGCGCAUUAGGACCGGAGCGGAGAUCGCAGCGGCCGGACUAGCCGGAGGUGUUGCCAGCAAGAUAUACAAGAACCGCAAGGAUAAGAAGGAGCGCGAGAUUGAGCGCGAACUGAGCGAUGAGGAGUACGAGGAGGACCUCAGGCGAGAGCGGCGCUCACGUCGUCGGUCGCGCAGCAGGUCCCAGGCCCGCUCUCUAUACUCGGAGCCACGCAACGCUGAUACUGAGCUAGGCUUAGUUGAGUACGGAACUGCUCCGCUGCCGUCCGAGCCGCCAUACCCACCGGAUGAUGGGUACGAAUCUGCAGCGAACGAGAGGCGACGUCGGCGACACCGGGAAGAAUACGACGACCCCGAGCCGUCGAAGAAGAGGAGCAAGAGUCGAUUGAGAGACAUGGCGGCAGCGGCAGUGGGGUCAGGCGCCGCUGCCAUCGGAAUCAAGCAGUACCAGAAGAAGAAGGAGAAAGAGGAGGACGAGCGGAGAUCAAGGGAGAGAAGCGCAAGAUCUCGCUCCCGCGACAGAUCCAUUUCACGUGAUAGAGCUCACUCACGAGACCGGGGUUCCAGAGACCGGGGCUACAGCGGGAGUCGGCCAAGAAACAGGGAGCGUGAACGCGACCGCAGACGCUAUGAAGAGGAUGCAAGGGCUGAUGGCUACUACGACGAUUACAGCCGUCCGCCAUCGCCCCCACACGCAUCGGGCGGUUCGUACUACCCACCUCCGGCAGCCGGCCCCGCGGGCUUCACUCAGCAUCCCAACAUCUCGACAACGAAUCUUCGGGACCAGUACCCGCCGUAUCCCCAAGACUACCCGCCGGGACCACCGCCGAUGGGACCAUCUCCACCCAUGGCCACAGGCGGCGCCGGUGGAUACCCUCCACCUCCGCCCGCGGGAGGGCCUCCUCCGGGCGGUCCGCCGCCGACAACGAGGUUCGGCCCUGACCAUGUGAGUGAAGACAAAUCUCGUAGCGCCUCACCGCAAGAUGCCCAGCCAGUCUCUCUGGGUCCUGAGGGUGGGUCGAUCUGA